AUGCAAUUCAAGAGUCUCCUAAUUCUUCAAUUUUUGGCGGGAAUUUUUGGCUCCAAAAAAUUGGACACCAAUUGGGCGCAAUUGGCGAUUGAUAAGUGAGUUAGGCCCGAAAAUUUGCGAAAUUUUGAUAGUAAAUAUGCCUUGGAUUACUGUAGAUCAAAAAAUUUUCAGAUAUUUUCAAUCGAAAAAUUCGUCGGGCUCAAUUCAAUUGCCAGAAUUUCAUUUGACAGAAAGUGAGCGACAUUUUUGGCGCCAAAAAUUUCGAAUUCAAAAAAAAAAUUUUUUGCAGAAGACGAAAAUUGUAUUUUGGCUUCAGCCGACAUUUUGCGACAGGCCUACAAUUUUUUGACAAAAUGCAAAAUUGGCGAAAAAGACAAGGAUUGUUUGGGUGGGUAAGCUACAGUACUCCUGGGGGUUACUGUAGGGUAGAUUUUUUUCGAAAAUCUCAUCGGUACCACGCGCUCCACCGAAAUAAACACGCAACGCAGACCGCGUCGCGCCACAACACAUACAAAUAAGGGAACGAUUCAAAUUCCCGCGCGGCGCGGUCUGCGUUGCGUGUUUAUUUCGGUGGAGCGCGAGGAGAUUUUCGAUAAUACAGUACCCCUGGGUUACUGUAGGGUAGAUCAAAUUGGCAAUAUGACAAUUUCCAGAUCCCAAUUGGGCAGUCCGUCUCCUAGACUCUAUUCCGCUCCUCAAACCUGCCGGAUUCUUCCGUCGCGGACCCUUCUACUUCCUCGCGGAUUACGCAACGUGCCGCAAGCUUCCGCACGACAAAACGCAAUAUUGCCGCAUCAAAGGCGCACUGGAAAAUGUCACCACCAUGGAUCUACCCUUCACAAUUGGUCUGUGCCUGCCGAAAGCUUGUGAAGCGGAAACACUCGGCCGCAUUGCUCCAGGUUAA